GUUAAUCAGUAUUGAUCUUAACACACCAACAGCGGUUUCUAAAUUCAACACUAUUUUCAUUGAUGGAGUCCAAUGAUCGACUGAAUACAGUAGCAAUGGACAGCCAGUUACAUUGGGUUUAGGGACGACUUGCUGGAUUUAUCUUGAUACUCCCGGAAGGUAACAAAGCACAUGAAAAAGAGAAAAAAUUAGGAAACAGCUAGGUAUUAAAUUGUAUUUAAAAAUCAGAGAUAGAAAGUUAAAACUGAUUAGAUUUCUGUGUCAUCGAUGUGCUCAGUGCUUAGUUUAGCAACUUGCCCUUUGAUUUUCGUCGCUAGUUGAAGUAUUAUGUAGUAUUUAUGUUUAAUUUAAUUUUAUUAGUUUUAAUCACUUACCAAAGAUGACGUCAAUUAGUUUCUUAUUAUUAGGACUAUGUAUUUUCUUUAAUUUAUCUUGUGCUUCCCGGGUAUUAGAAUUAAGUGAUCGUUUCUUAGAAAUCAGGAAGGAUGGACAUUGGUUAGUGAUGUUUUAUGCUCCAUGGUGUGCACAUUGUAAGCGUUUAGAGCCAAUUUGGGCUCAUGUUGCCCAAGCAUUAUACAAUACUAAUAUCAGAGUGGGAAGAAUUGACUGCACCAAGUACACUUCCAUGUCUUCAACUUUCAGCAUAUCUGGUUUUCCAACAAUUAUGUUUCUAAAAGGAGAUAUUAAAGAAUUCACCUUUCAAGGCGAUAGAACCAAGGAUGAAAUCAUAAAUUUUGCUCUUCGAUUAAGUGGUCCUCCUGUACAGCAAAUAACACGCCAGGAGAGCCUUGAUGCCUUGAAAUCAUCUGAUAACAUAUUUUUUUGUUAUACUGGCCCAUAUGAAGGAACACUUUGGGAAUUCUACUAUGACGUAGCUGAAAGAUUUCAACCAUAUAGUUUCUUUUAUUCGCUAUCUGCUGAACUCACAAAGAAGCAUCUUAAAGAUGAGAAAGGACCCUCUGUAUUUGUUUACAAGGAAAAUAAUGUUUAUUUUCUUCCUGAUGUUACAGAAACUGAAACAGAACAAUUAAAUGUAACCCUAACCAAAUGGGUCAACACUGAACGGUUUGGCACAUUUGUUAAGAUCACAAGAGGAAAUAUACAUCAGUUCAUGCAAACUAAAAAAUAUCUUGUUCUGGCUGUUGUUGUUGAAAAUAAACUUGAAGAAGUACCAGAAGAGAUGAUAGCGUUCAGGAACAUGAUUAAAUCAGUCAUUAUUAAUCACAGAGAGAAGUUUCACAGAUGGUUUCAAUUUGGCUGGAUUGCAUCACCAGAUCUCGCAAACAGUAUUGCUAUGACUGAGCUACCUCUGCCUUAUCUGCUUGUGGUUAACUCAACUACAAAUCAUCAUCACUUUCCAGAUGAUGAACCUCAUUAUCUCACCCCUGAAGUUGUGCAUAUGUUUCUUGAUUCAAUUGUCAAUCAGACAGCACCUAGUUAUGGAGGAAAUUCACUACCAGUUAAACUUUAUCGAACUUAUUUUGAAGCUCGGACUUCAUUAAGUGAAAUGUGGCGUGGUAAUCCUGUUCUUACUGCAGUCCUAUUUGGACUUCCAAUGGGAUUUCUGUCACUUAUAUGUUAUUCCAUUUGCUGUGCUGAUAUUCUUGAUGCUGAUGAGGAAGAAGAAGAAGGAGAUUAUUCACAUGAAAAGAAAGAUUAAAAAGGAUCUUUUUUAUGGUAUUCAAUCUAGUCUUAUCAAUUACCACCCAUACCGAUAACUUUUUGCUAUCAGAAGAGAGUUUAAUUUAAAGAACUUGGAUGAAAUUUUAAAUAUUUUAAUCUCUUUAUUCAGUUAUAUUUAUCUUACAAUACAUUUAUCCAUUUAUUAUGUAUUGGAAAGUAUAAUUAGCAUUUAAAAUAUUAGAUUCACUAAAAGGGAUACGUAUUGAUUAAAAAAAAAAAUUCUUGUUUUUAUUUUAGGUAAAGUGUUAAGUUUCUUAUCUUUUUUUGUUUUGUUUAAUAUGUAUUAUUAACAUCAGUAUUUCUUUCAAACAUUCCUGGUAUGACAGUAAUGUAAAAAACCAUGGGGCUGUGUAUUUAUAUACAAUAUUAUUAUUUUUUAAUUAAGCUGUAAUGUAUGAUGAGCUAAUUAAGAAAAUUUAAAUGAAAGAUGGCUGAGAAGUGUUUAUUAAACUUUGGUACUUGUAUAACAGCAGGUAGCAUCUGAAUGCUAUCUGCCAAUGUUUAUAACCUUAACACUGAUAACUGUGAUAAGCCAGUGAUAAUAUCAUCCUAUUCAUAUUUAUUGUAUUAUAUUCAUAUUAUUAUAUCUUUUCUUUUC